AUGCCACACCGACAUGGCAUUCACCAUGUGCAUCGCCGCAAUGCAGAGAAUCUUAUCAAACUUGAGUCGUUGCCGUUAAAACCUGCUCCUACCAUAUCCGAGCCCCCUUCCGUCGUCCGGCGGGCUUCCUCAGAAACCUCAACAUGUUCAGGAGCAUCGUGUGAAAAGUCAAGUAGCUCCGGUCUCGUCAAUACUUUGCCCGUUGUUCUCGGAGUAGUAAUCCCGGUCGUGGCCGCCAUAAUUGUCUUGCUCAUUUUACACAGACGCCAUGUCCGGAAACUCCGCCAGGAGGAUGCAAACGACAAACACAAGUCCUUGGAUUUCGGUAUGGAAGUUGUGCGAGCUGGUGGGGGGAAUCCCAAGCAACCGGAAAUGGGAGAAAAGCCUCACAAACACGGAAUGUCCCUCGACAUUAUCGGCAGUCCUUACCUACUACCACCAGGAUUACAUAAUUCCAAAGAGUCUCUGCGGUCUCUCACUAAGGUGAUAAGCGUAGAAGACGACAAAUACCGUGUUGCUGCCCAGAGUGACACUGCUUCACUGAGAUCCCAUCGCACAAUGGGUAAUGAUGAUGCAUCGAGCUUUGGAGGAUCUACCAGGCACGGGCCUAUUCCCGACGAUAUGAACCAAGGAUUGUUGCAAAAUGCUUCCAGAAUGUCGCGGUCGCCUCCUGUCGAUGCAUCGUCUCCAUUAAGUGUUAGCCAAACCAUACACGAGGAGCCAUUUGACCACUCAAAUGCGAUGCGUAAUCAAAGCCAAAACCACCAAGCUGUCGACUCCCAUAUGCCUCCAGAGGAUUUGCCAAAGAAUCACAGUUCUCCUGCACCUUCUGGCCCUGGUGAUGAAAUGUUCUUUGGUUCUUUCCCCCAACCAAAUCCAAAUCCUCUCGCAAUGCACCCAUCCAAUAACCCCAAUGAAGUGUCUCAUCCUCAUUCAAGUCUAAGUGGCUUUGACUUUGGUACGGAUAACACACGGCCAGCGGAUGACCACCAUGAAGUUUCCGCCGCGCAAGAGAAACCUGCAGAGUCACAUAACACAGGGCUUCCCAGAUUAUCUCUUCCCAUGAGUGAGACAAGUGAUUACGGGGAUGAGCCGAAAGUAACCCUGCCGCCUUCAUUGAAUGUGCCACAGGCUCCAGAGGCUGAAGAUCACUCUCACGAGUCGGAGGAUGCCCCUCAUCCACCCAACAACCGCGUUACCCAGUCAUUCACGAAAUUCGAUGAAGGGUUUGAUCCACACAGGCUGACUGUCGGUAUCCGACCCCUACCGCCUGAGGAUCCUAGCGACAACGCCGAACAGCGCGCCAACAGGAUUCGUUCUUUCUAUAAGGAGUAUUUCGAUGAUUCCAAAGGCGGCAACAACGAAGAGUACUAUGAGGACUUCGGACCGGAGUUCUAUGACGAUCCCGGAGUGUUCGAUCCAUACUCUAGUGAAUAUUUCACCGGCCCAUCCAAGCCCUUCGCUCAACCUGUUGGCCGCCGUGCCAUGACACCUCCUCCGCGUUUCCAAGGACCACCUCGAAAUGUUAUGCACCCAGCUAUUGGCUCCAGAGCUGCUGGUCCGCGUGCGUUCUCCUCUGCCUCGGGCCGACUACCUGUUCCACGGGCGACCCCGAAACGUGCCCCUCCGCCUGAACCCCUACACGUUCUGCCGUCACCUCACUUGAUCAAAGACGACAUGUCUAUUCUGCCCAUCGACUAUGCUCCGCCGUCGACUUUCAAGGAUCGCACCGAAGGCCGACCGGAGAGUCCUCGUGGAGGUCUACGUCCUUAUACAUCCAUGAGCCGUGCUCAUACUCCCUUGGUAUCAUCCUUCGACGACCUUGCAGCUAUCCCUAGUCCGCACGCUUUGCGCAAGUCUGGAAUAUAUACCACAUUGGAUUUUGCGCCCCCUGCACGAUUCAAAAAUGAUAUCGGUAGCGAUGCCGGCAGCAUUCGCAGCAACCGCACUGGUAUAUCUGCUAUCCAUGAUCACAACAUUCGUGCAGGAGCAUACCGCGUCAGUCGUUUGCCGACAGACGUCGUGGGCACCAAAGACGAUCUCUUUGCCAGUCUGCGCCCGAACAUGGAUCUGGGACGCUAGAAAGCCUACGAGGAGUCUUACCAUCGCUGCGUUAAUUGUGCGUUUAAAUUAUUUUCAGCAUUGUUCCUUAAUGAUGGUUCCUUCUUAUCUAUAACGGUCGCCUCAUGAUUCGUCUGCACCAGCAUUGUUUUGCUCAUCGACCAACCCUUUUAUAGAACUUUGACUUGGAGUAAUUGGGUCGUUUUGAAUUCUUGGAUCUUGAAAUUGGAUGAAGGCGCUGAUCAAUAGACACGUGCUGUACUAUAUAUUACACUAUUUUCUUCAUUGCUUCUGUUCCUCGAGAGAGACCUUUUCUGGAGAUCUCUCAGUUCAUGCCAACCUUUGAUCGUCGAUCAAUGGCAUUUUAUGUAUUCUCCCUCGUUGAUGAGGUUUGUGUGCGCUUGCAACCUCUGAUCUCUUCUGUUAUAUUCUCUUUCUUGGUGUGCUAUCUACACCGGAAUGUACAUAUGCCGUGCACGCAGUACCACCGCCGAAACUAGACUAA